GUAGUUCAGGUACUUAUUACUAAGUAAUUUACCUUAGGUGCUUAAGCUCCUACUUAACUGGCCUAAGAUUAGUACAGGUAUAAUUAAAAACUUACAAAACCUAACAGCCCUACACCCACUCCUAAGAAAUACAACUACUAAAGUUGUGAAGUGUAAGGUGUGAGGUGUGAGGUCGUCAUCUUCUUUCGGCUUUAAAGUUAUCGAUCUGGGUUACCUUAGGUACCUACCCUUGCAUCACCCUGUUUAAUGCGUCUCGACUCAUCCUUUUACAAUUAUUAUUCUCUUUUACAUACGCUCCCUCGCUCUUCAAGCUUUUCUUCCUUCUUUUCUUUUCUUCUCUCUUCUUUUUGGGUGCUUUCCCCGUCUUUGUUUUCCCGUAUUUCUUCACUUCUCUAAUUCAUAUUAUGUGGUGGCGGCAAUAGCAGUUAUUUCUCUGCUUGAUCCUAAUGGAGGCCCGAGUCCUUAAAAGAUAAUUACGGAGAUAAGAGAAGUAAGGGUCGAAUAUUUUACGGGUAUUGUUAAACUGGCUUUCACUUCUCUUUCAUACGAAUAUCUCUCAACACGACUCGACAUUCAAGAUGGGCUGGUUGAGUUUUCUAUCCAGAAAAUCUACCAAUAACCUGAACAAUGAUAAUGAUCUUAAGGCGCAAGCUUACCACGAGACUGUAGCCGCAAUCCCUCCAAUCCGCGGCACCUAUCCGGUCAUUGGCAAUGGACCCAGCAUUUUGGAGAGGUUCCAGAAAUCUCAUCCACAUCUUGCGAGUGACGGUUAUUUCAAUGACAGUUUCAACGACAAUUCCGCACCGCCUCCCAUAGUUCCUCGGGUUCUCGACCGUCCCAAUACCGCUCCUACCCAAUCACCUGGAGGUUCGUCCCGGCCAAGAUCCCGAGGAACUUCAUUAAAGCCAUUAAGAGAACCGCCUAAAAAGCGACACCGUCCCUACAAGCUUCCGCCAAAAGUAUCAACCGAGCGAAACGAAGAAAGCACAGCCACCAGGUCCAUCCAUAGCGUGCCAUCACCAAGUUUUCCUCGUGACCGUAAUUCUUCAGUUUUUAGUGCCGACUCGGAAUCAACACGAAGGUUUGUUGACCUACUGGAAGCUCAAUCAUUUAUUAAGCCGUUAGACUUUUUUGGUCGCGUGAAGGCUACCGGUACUAAGGAUUACGAUGAGGAUGUCGCGGAUCGCAACACCAGCGAGAAUGGAUCCAACCUCAACUCACCGCAAGCUGGAGAAUUCUUCAGAAAGAAUUCAGCCCCAAGCAUUCGAGGUGGUGAGGGCGAGCGUGAAAGGCCCCGUUCGUCAAGGAAAAGGAAGUCCACGGGAUACGGCUCGAAGACCAAGUCAAAUACUGCUAGCGUUCGGGCCGCAUCACCUGCCACGCUAUCAUUGCGCGCAUACGAAGAUGACCCAGCGAGUGAAACAGCACUGACCGAAAAGCCUCCUCGUCGGAGUUCCUUACAUUCAUACGCUACUUCGGCUUCGAUAGAGCGACCAGGUAGCGCUUCCACGGGAAGGAGAGUCAAGGGGCAAGGAUCGGACUACUUUCCCGAGUCCCUUCGAGAGCUAGCUCGUGCGGCUAUCUGGGAAGAUUUCGAGUAUGAUCAGUCUGUGGAUUUAGACCUGAGGGGUAACCGGGCGCACUCAACCUUAUCUCGAAAGAUAUCUAUGCAAAGACAAGAAUCUGAUAGCGAUCUUUCCUACAACGCAAACCCCAGUUUUAACCCGCCCCGAUCUGUCAAAACCGAUCAACCUCGAUCUCUCUCAGACUCUCCUCAGCGCAGAACCAUAUCACACACAUCGUCGACUAUCAAUAAGCCACCGUCAAAGACGGCGAGCCUAAGGACUCUCCAUUUGCCCUACCGUGGCGAACUAGUUACCGAGAGUUACUCGCCAAGCUCACCGAGUGUUGAGGAUCCGUACAGAAAAAACAGUCACAAUUCACCGAAGCGCUGCCGCGGGCCCAUAGCUGACUUUAAUAACUCACCGUCCGAGUUGACAUUUCCAGCGGUAAUCAACCCAAAAACAAUCAUCGGUCAAGCUAGUGACCAAGACGGAUUAAACCGUCGCUUUGGAAACGGAAGUAUUGUCUCCAGAUCUCUAAAAAGUCUUAAACAAUCCGAGAUUGAAGAUAUAAUUCCUGAACGAGGCAGCAGUAUUCGUCGUUCGUCAUUGAAUUCCGAGACGGCAGGUUCAACAUUGAGCUCGAAUCCAUUCAGACCUCAGUCCGGUCAUACUACUAACACUUCAGUUGAUCUUGCCCCUCGCGUGUCGCUACCCGAGGCCGCUGGGCCAGAUGAGUCGGCUUGUUCACCUGGAGAAAACUGCGUAGCACUGGAUAAUGAUACAGAAGUUGAUGCCCCGGAGCCUUCGUAUUGCGAUAUUGGCCCUGAAAUGUUGGUAGGAUCUCUUCUCAACUUCAGUCGACAAGAACCAUCGACGAAUUUCGUUGUCGACGAGGAUGCCUCUUCGGUUGACUCUUUUGACGCUCCUAAGCGUUCUGCAGGGGAAUUUGAGAAAGAUCUUCUCUUCCAGGGUUACGGGCUAGAAGGCGCUCAACUACCAGGACUCCCGGCUUCGCCAGAUGUGACGGCGAAGUCUAAUAAACUGAAGCGAUCUCAGCCAUCACAAACUUUUUUGGCCCCCAAGGAUCCCUUUCAUCUAAAUUCUUUUAGCUCUACUAAGUUUGAGGAUGCACUUUCUUCUACCUUUAGUUCCCAAUACUCAGCCUCAUCUUCGAAGCAUAAGCCUCUAGCUAGGUCGUCUCGCUUGCAGGUACCAAAAUUUGACUAUACUGAUUCUGAACGGGGUCAUGAUUCGGAGCCCGAAAACGAGUCUGAGGACGAACUGAAUUUUGAUAUUCCCUUCAAGCGCCCAAGCGAGCACCGAUAUAGCUCUUGCGAUGAUAUACGGCACUAUGGAACCACUGCCCGACUGUUCGAGGAUGACGAUGAUGAUGACUUGCCCGACACAGCUGUGGUUGCGCGGCUGCUAAGGGAAGCCAAGUCGAAACAAAGGGCAAGCAGCGCCUCGUUACGCAAGUCGAUGGGAAAGGGCAAAGCGCCUGAUUUCCGCAUCCCUAGAAUCGAGCUUGAUGAUCAUUCAGAUAUUGGGUUUUGAAACCCGCCUAGAUCCAAAAUAGGAGUUGGCUAAGAAGCAAGCGAUAAAUAAAACGUUGGAUAGGCAUGCGGCAAGAGAUUCAUAAUAUCUGUUGUCCCUUUUCAUGCCUCACCACGAAGGCCGCGAGGCACCAGCAUAAUUUCCCACGUUAUGCAUACGAUUGUAAUGAUGGUUUAUCAUGUUUUAGAAAACUGUUUGGCGCAAACGGCGAUGAAGUUAAGUUGAGUUAUGUGGCACUGUACGCCCGGCGAGGCUUGAGCCCUAUUUUAUACCCCCAGAGUGCCGUUGACAGGAUAAGAUAGGAUAAAAUACCUAGGGUGAAUGAACAGACGGACGGAUCUACUAAUACAUGGUAGAUCCCAAUGGGAAAGGGGGUUGUCUUGUACCUUACAUGGUUGUCAUAGUCGAGGCAGGAUUCUAUUGUAGGUACUAAGGCAAACAGCACUUGCGUUAGGUUAUGUCUGGUUAGGUGGUUGAGAUAUCAUCCCGACUUGGCAAAAGACAUAAUACAUUAUCCCUUUUUAAAAGAUGCCAACGAUAGCGGUGCUGUUCGCUUUUUUUUUUUUUUUUUUUUU